AUGUCUCAGGGGUUUACACCCGUGAAUAGAAGCAACGCUUCUCAGGUCGAAGACGCCCCGAGAGCCAGGCGCAGGUCACCAAAGCCGACGGAUCUUGCGCGAAUGCAAGAAAAGGUCAAGGCUCUCAAAGAGAGCCUUGCUCGUGAUGGCGACCUUGCGAUGCCGCAAGGUAUCACAACUCAAAACACCGUCAUCGCCAACAUCCUCGAGAACGGCGUACCCGAGGCUCAAUCACACGAGAAGAGGAUUUGGACUGCCGAUGAGAAAAAUUUCGUCUGGCAUGCUCUUGGUUGGGACCACGGUGUUAUUGCGGCCUACUUGGGCCGUACGGAGCUGGCAUGUCGUCUAAGGCGACACCGCGUGGUCAAGGAAAGAAGGAGCCGUAGGCAACGGGGCACUAGGGCCACGCAGAACGCUGCUCUGCAACUUCCAGCACCCGCCGCUGGUCCUUCUCGCUCAAUUGCUGCUUCUGACGCAAGUCAGGAGUUUGAACAGCUUGUUCAGAUGAGCAGGGAAGAGCUGCCCCGCUGGAGAAACUGGUCUCCUCUUCCUCCGAUUGGCUCGCCGUGUAAACCAGAGCAUGCCGAAAGGCAGAGUGUCAAACCGGCACCAAUGGAGCCUCCAGCGAGAACGACCUUCGACAUGCAAGCAGCUGCUACCAGAGGGUCAGCACCGGCAAACUAUGUCACCAGGGCACCCGGUUUGGACAUAUUGGCCGAAGCUGCCGCCCAGCUCGCCCGGGCCGACAAUAUUGACUCAGAGCACGAUAUUGAUUGA